AUGGGGGCUGGGAGCUCGCUGGUGAGCCGUCGUGAGAUUCUGCCCGCCCCGGAGGUGGUCACCAAGAAGGGCACGGUACAGGGGAGGAGGAUUCACUAUAAGAAUGGCCCGGUCGCCGACAUCUACCUCGGCAUCCCCUACGCCAAACCACCAGUCGGGCCCCUCCGGUUCAAGCGACCGGUCGCCCCGGACGGCUGGCACAACACCCUCUCCUGCCGCUCCUACCGCCGCCGAGCCAUCCAGGUGAUCCCCGCGUGGGAACCGCUCGUCUCCCGGUUGCCGGCCACCUCCGAGGACUGCCUCUACCUCAACGUGUUCACCCCCAAGUUCGAGGCCGGCAAGAAAUACCCCGUAUUCUUCUACAUUCAUGGCGGCGCCCUGCUGAUGGACUCGCCGGCUCGGAUUCCGCCGGAGGGCAUUUGUCGCCAGUUCGUCGCCCAGGGCGUGAUCGUCGUGACAGUGUGCUACCGGCUCGGCUUUCUCGGCUUUUUCUCUACGGGCGAUGAGGCUUGUCCGGGCAACAUGGGCCACCUCGACCAGGCAGAAGCCCUGAAAUGGACCUCCGAGAACAUCAACCUCUUCGGCGGCGACCCCAGCGAGAUUACUGUUGGCGGCCAGAGCGCGGGCGCCGUCAGCACCGAUCUGCUAUCCAUCUCCCCAUUGACGAGGCACCUGUUCAACAAAAAGAUCGUGAUGGGGGGCAGCUCGUUCGUCUUCUGGGCCACUUCCCGCGUCAAGGAAACCGUCGAUUUUUGCAAGGAAAAGGCGAUGGAACUCGGCUGGCAACCGAAAGGCAACUACGCGUCUCCAGUAGAAGAACACCAGGCGAUGAUGGAGUUUUUGCGGUCGCUACCAGCGAAAAAGUUCGGCUGCACGUUUUUGCACUACAAGCCCUUGCUGAAGAAGCUGAAAAUGCCGCAGGUGGCCGUACUUGAUGGCUAUUUUCUGCCGAAACCGGUGGAGCGACUUCGCCUCGAGGCCCCGGACAUGGCGACGAUCUGCGGGGUGGCCGAGUACGAGGGGCUACUCUUUGUGGCCAUCAAAACGCUCGGCUUGUCGAAGAAGAGCUUCCAGCUGUUGAUGAGCAACCUUGUACACGAUCAGGAUGAGGUACAGAUGAAGCAAACCCUGGAUCUGCUAAUCGAGACGUACAAGAAAGAUGGCAUCCCCGAGAAGCUGAACCUGCUCUACCCGCCACGUCGUCGCUACGGGAUCAUCGGCGUGCGGUUCCCGUUUCAUGGUGCUACCCACGCCUCCGAACUGCCGUACCUCCUCCGGCAGCAGGCCUUCUACUCGAACACGGCCUUCUCGAAGAAGGAGAAAAUCCUCGCCGCCCUCACCAGCGACUACUUCUCGUCGUUUGUCAAAUUUGGGGACCCGAAUCGCCAUGGGAACGCUUUCCACCCGCAGUGGCCGGCGAUCAGUCCCACCUCGCGGCAGAUGAUGUGUAUGAGACCGAAUCCGGCAACUAAGCCGGCCGAACAGUUCUUCGGCAAGCGCUUCACGGUGGCCAAGGAGUACGGGUACAUAAUGAAGAUGUGGAACGACGACGCCGUCGAGGAGGCCGUCGAAAAAGUGGUCGAAGCCGUCGUCGAGGCUGCAGCUGAGCAGCCAGAAGCGCAUGCUAAGCAUCAACCAGCGCCCAAGCAGUUGGCCCCGCUGAAGUCGAGCCGGUUGCCGGACGUUAAU